AUGGCGGUAGCCAAAAGCAGAAUAGGAAAGCGAUUCCGCCUUGAAUUCUCAGGCCACCCAAAAGAGCGAAAGGGUUCAAGAUUCUUGACAGAAAUCCGAGCUGGCAUCGCGACCUUCUUUGCCAUGGCAUAUAUCAUAUCAGUGAAUGCUGCUAUUACAGCAGAUAGCGGAGGAACAUGUGUCUGUGAACCAAACACAAGCGCCAAUGACCCUUUCUGCCUGGACAGUCACAAUCCGUCAACAGCAGCAUACGACAAAUGUGUUCAAGAAAUCAACCGCGACCUAGUCACAGCCACCGCUGCAAUCGCAGCUCUCACCAGUUUCUGCAUGGGUAUUUUUGCCAACAUGCCCAUUGCACUUGCACCGGGGAUGGGUUUGAAUGCAUAUUUCACAUACCAAGUAGUGGGGUUCCAUGGUCAAGGCUCGGUGUCCUACCGUCUUUCUCUAACAGCUAUCUUCUUCGAAGGCUUGAUCUUUGUCAUCAUGUCUAUCUUUGGACUUAGACAGUGGCUUGCACGGAUGAUACCUUCUAGCUUGAAGAUUGCCACUGGAGCGGGGAUUGGAUUGUACUUGGCUCUCAUCGGACUUACCUACAACGCUGGAAUCGGCGCCAUAACUGGAGGCGUCGCCGAUCCGUUACAGCUUGCCGGUUGUAUUCCAGAGCUUCGAGGGCCCGAUGGAACUUGCACAUCGGGGAGGAUGAAAAGUCCAACGAUGUGGAUCGGGAUAUUCUGCGGAGGAGUGUUCACCGCUUUCCUGAUGCUGUACCGCAUCAAGGGAGCAAUUAUCGCCGGAAUCCUCCUUGUAUCAAUCAUCUCCUGGCCGCGAGACACGCCCGUUACCUACUUUCCACGCACAGAGCUCGGCGACUUCAAAUUCGACUACUUCAAGAAGGUCGUAUAUUUUCAUCCCAUCACGCACGUCCUCGGUGCGCAAGAUUGGAAUAUCUUCAGCGCCGAUCACUUCAAGCACUUCGCCGUGGCCCUGAUCACAUUCCUCUAUGUCGAUAUUCUUGACUGUACGGGGACGUUGUACUCAAUGGCACGGUUCUGUGGCGCCAUGGAUGAGGAGACCCAGGACUUUGAAGGCAGCGCGGUGGCAUAUAUCGUCGACGCCUCCGGGAUAACCAUCGGAUCUCUCUUCGGCAGCCCUCCCGUAACAGCAUACAUCGAGUCUGGAGCUGGAAUUUCCGAAGGUGGCGCCACGGGCAUCACUGCUUGUACGACAGGUCUUUGUUUCUUCAUUGCCAUCUUCAACGCUCCUAUCUACGCCAGCAUUCCCAGCUGGGCGACAGGUUGUACCUUGAUUCUCGUGGGUUGUAUGAUGGCGAGGGCAGCAACCGAUAUCAACUGGCGCUACAUUGGCGACUCUGUACCGGCCUUCCUCACUAUGAUUAUCAUGCCCUUUACAUAUUCCAUUGCAUACGGCUUGAUCGCGGGAAUCAUCACGUAUGCCAUCUUGAAUAGCGGUGCCUGGAUCCUAGCUAAAGCCUCAUCCGGACGGAUCAUCCCAGCUGAUUAUGAACAGAAGGACUACUGGACGUAUAAAGUGCGCGGUGGCUUAUUGCCUGGUUGGCUGAAGCGCUUGUGUAGGGGCAAGAGAGACUUUUGGCGUGAUUACAACUUCGAGGUUGAGGCCGAGGAGUUGCACAGUGGUGACUCUUAUCCCAUGGGCAAGAAGGCUGGGGUUGGAGAUAGGGAUAGUGGUGUAGCACGAGAUAUGCCCAUCACCGGCGAUAGGACAUGGGAUAUUCCCGGUAUGGCGAGGACAUGGGAUGAAAGGGCUGACAGAGCUUGA